GCUCCCGCCAUGGCCAACAAGAUGGACAUGUCCCUGGAUAAUAUCAUUAAACUCCACCGGAGCCAGCGUGGCGGAUGCGACGGGGACCGGGACCGGGACCAGGACCGAGGUCGGGCUGGAGUCCAGGGUGACUGCGACGGCGGGGACGAGCAGGGGGCAGCCCAUGUAAGCCGAGGCGGGGGCCCCAUCCGGAACAGGCGGACCAUGACCCGCAGAGGCGCCCGGGGCCGCGGCAGAAACCGACCCGCGCCCUACAGCCGACCCAAGAGGCUUUCAGACAAGAGGCAGCCCGAUGACGUGUUCCCCAGUGACUUUGGAGGCGGACCCGCAGCUGAGACCGGGACCAAGUUGCUGAUCUCCAAUUUGGAUUACCGGGUCUCGGAUGCCGAUAUUCAGCAACUCUUUGCUGCAUUUGGAACUUUGAAGAAGGCAGCUGUGCAUUAUGAUCGGUGCGGCGGUAGUUUAGGAACAGCAGAUGUUCACUUUGAGCGAAAAGCCGAUGCUCUGAAGGCCAUGAAACACUAUGAUGGUGUCACCAUGAACGUCCAGCUUGUUCUAGCACAGACUCAGAAACAACGAAGAGCCUCACAGAGUGGAAAUAGAGGUGGAAUGACCCGGAGCCGUGGCUCUGGAGGCGGCACCCGGAGAGGCGGCCCUGGAUGCAAGCGAGGACCCCAACCAGGGACUGCAAGAAAUUCCAAACAACAGCUUUCCAGAGAAGAACUAGAUGCCCAACUGGAUGCUUAUAAUGCCAUGAUUGAAUUCGAGUUAAAUUAG